UUGAAAUUAAAAUAUUCAUAAAUUUUAAAAAGAACUGAAUUAAAUUCAAACAAUAAAAUUAGUGGUCAAAUUAAAUUUUAUUCCUGGAAAAAAAAGGAACGGCCAAGGCAACAGAUUUUCCCAAAUCCAAGCCGUUUUCCUUGAUGUACACAACAAACUAACACUGACACCUACAAGAAAAAACAAACAAAACUCUCUUCUUCUCAUCCCUUUAUCGUUGGAAAGUUAACAAAGUAAAGAAAAGAAUAUGCAUCGAUCGGCAAGCUGGACCAGGACUGAUGACUACUUCAUGCACUCAUCGCCAAAGGCGCCUCCAGGGCUUAGAAUAUCAUCUUCAAACGAAGCGAAUGAGCUACCCGAGUAUGACCCAAUUUUGGGAAUGGCAAAGAAGGAGAAAUCGCAUAUUAAGUUUUCUGAGAACGCUAUUCAUAUUAUUCCCUUUGUGCUGCUUCUCUGUGGCUUUAUUUUAUGGUUCUUUUCCAAUCCAGAUGUAAAUGUAGGAAAUAAACCUGAUUCCAUAGCUUCAAGUAUUGAAGGAUUGACAAUCGAAGGAGAUAUUGAUACGGACAGUGAUGGCACUCAAACAGGAUUUUUACCAAUUGAUUCUGGUGACAUGGAAGCUCCUAAACAAAUAAGAAAUCAUCACGAAAGUACCAAGAAAUUUGCCAACAGAUUUUAAUGAUGCUGAUACUUUUCAUAUGGUGUCAAUUGCUGAUAAUUUAUUCAUUUUUUGUGCAAAUUCCGGAUCGCAUUUAUUUAUUAACAAAUUCUGAAUGCUUAAUGUAACCCCAAAAAAGAUCUGAAUGCUUAAACUGUUUAACUAGUAAUUUUCUCA